UUAAAAUAAAAAAUAUAUUUUUCAUAUUUCUUAUAAUGAAGGCAUGCAGAUAAGAGGAUCAUGAACAACGAGUAUCAGCUUAAACUUAAGUUAUACGCCUGAGUCUCAUUGAAUUUACUAACUUUUUAGCUUUCUCUUGUACGAAAAAUGGUUAUUUCCCGACGAAUUGUCAAGGAGACUAUGAAUUUAGCAACAGAUCCUCCUCCGAAUAUUGUAGCGACACCGGAUGCCAAUAAUUAUCGUCACUUUCAAAUUAUGCUGGUUGGACCGUCUGGAACCCCUUACGAAAAAGGUCUUUAUCGAUUGGAGUUAUUUUUACCGGAACGUUAUCCUAUGGAACCCCCCAAAAUUCGUUUUCUGACAAAAAUAUACCAUCCCAACAUAGAUAAACUUGGCCGUAUUUGUUUGGAUAUUUUGAAAAGUAACUGGAGUCCAGCUCUCCAAAUUCGUACAGUACUUUUGUCUAUACAAGCGCUUCUUGCUUCACCUGAACCGGAUGAUCCAUUAGAUACAUCUGUAGCUGAACAUUAUAAAGCAGAUCGUGUUGGAUUUGUAAAUACAGCUAAAGAGUGGAACCGUAUAUACGCUAUAACAGAUUCUUAAUUUUUCAUCUAUGAAUGUUGUUUAGCUUCAAUAUUAUCUACAUGUAAAACAGUUCAAUCAAACACAUCCAUGACGACCCGUCCAAUGAUUUUGACCAGAAUCUUUUAUACACACUAAGCAUAUUAAAUAAUUAUUUUCCUGAUUCAAAAUUGAUUUUGCAAAACAACAAUUAAAAAGAUUUUAUGAAACAAAAUUUUGUUGCUAUGG